AUGUCCUUCUACGGCAAAAAGUAUCGACGCGUUGGCCACGACAACGUGCAGGAACUGCUGGCAGCCGCUAAGGACAAUGAGCAGCUCGCGGCCAUCAUCCGCAGCAAGCCGCCGACGAUAUGCUUCACCAAGCUGGACGCCCACCGCAUACAUGUCCACCUGGCGACAGACUGUCAGACGAACGAGUAUGACUUCGUGCUGGGACAGCAGAAGGAGAUAAAGAAAAAUGAUGGGAGCAUUAUAAAAGUUAUAUUUACAGAGUAUUCUGAGAACAUACUGGACCAAUAUAUUUUGAUGCCGAAUGGCAGAAGCGCCUUCUUCAGACGAGUGUUCGGGGAGAGAGACUGUAAGCUUAUAAUAUCCAUGCCUGAGACGAGUAUAACAGCGACGAUAUAUUUUGAAGUUAUUGAGUAAAUCUUUUUAACAGUU